AUGGCUCAGAAAAUCAAGAGGGAAUCAGCCCCUGGGGAAACCUAUAAACUUCAAGCUCUACAAGAGUUUUACUGCUCUGAGAUCACAUCGUACAAUCACAAGCUUCAGGUACAGCACGAGGAAAGUGAGUCCCGAACCCAGACACAACUUCAGAUCAACUACGGCAGACACUGGGACGAGAUCAAUAACAAGAAAAAGAUUUUCAUCACCCAACUGUUCAAAAACGACUCCAGCUCCAGCCUCGCCAACUACCUGAUGGAGUUCACCUUGCAAAUGCCGGAGAGACAGGCUAACUACCGCACCGAGCUGGUGCACACCUGCCGAAUGCAGGGUCGCAGGGAGAGCAACACGCAGGUCAAAGUCCUGUACAACGACAAGACCCCCUUCCUGGCAGGACUGCAAUGGAAAGACUCGUCGAAACCCAGUCUGAAGAAAUGGGAAGGCUCAUUGAACCUAGACACCCCAUGGCUUUAUCUCCAGACAUCACACAAGCUCAAUCAACCUCACAGCCGUGCCUAUCAGUCAACCGUAGAAAUAACAGCAGCAAAAGCCAUUUCGGUGAAGAAACUGGUGCUCUACACCUACUACAAAGACAAAGGGAACAAGAAGGAAGGCAGAAUCCACGUCCAUACCCCCACUACUACAUACCUGAAGGCCUCUGCGGUUGGCCACGUUGGUGAGAAUUUUUUCAGAAGCCACAGCGAAGUGGUGUCUCGGUGGAACCUGCCUAUUAAGAACGCACUCUCCGUGGAGAGCAAAGAAAAAGUCAAGUCCUUGUACUUUUGGAUCAAGCAACAGAAGAAAGAAUUUAAUUUCACCGCUAACUAUGCCAGCAGAGAGCAGCCCAAGAAGAAGAGGAACCUGUCAGUUUUGGCCUCAUGGAUGGACCACAAGGCUCCCCCUUUAUUAGCUCAGCUGAAUGUACAGAUCGAGGAACUCAAGAGGGAGAAGCUGCUCUUCCAGAACCGGGCGUCGCUGAACUUCAGACACUCUCUUAAGCUGCCUGUCCCCCGCAACCUCCUUCUGCAGGAGACGUUCACCGUGGAUAAGAGAAAGCAACGUUAUGUCUUGGAAGUAAAGGCCUUAGUGAAUGAGGAAGAUGAAACGGUUCACACGCUCACUCUGGGAUACCAACCUGAAGCACCGUAUGUAACCUGCCCGUCGGUCCUCUCCAUCACAUCAUCAGGUUCCAGGUCUGCAAAACGGAAACUGCUUUCCUUCAGCUGCUGA